CGUGUGCACAGUAUAGGCUGUCUUGUGAUUCAGACAAUGGAGUUCAAACACUGGAAUGUGCUCUCAUUUCUGAAUAGCGAUACUAAACCAUGUCUGAGCUUUGGCUCAACAUGCUUGGAGACUGAUCCCAACUUCGCCUUCCUGUGUGGGUUGGGAUUGCUCCUUCUGUUCCUGUGCUACCUGGUGGGGAUUCCAUUUCCAACUUGGAAAACCAAAACCACCCAAAAGCGUCAGGGCAGAGCCAAGAGGAGGAGGAAAGGUGGGACUCUGAAAGAUGACAGAUGGUACCAACGGGAAGUGGAGGAGACCCGGAAGCUGAUUUCUAUUUUAAGAAGCCCCCUCGGCCGGCAUCACGAUACCAUCCACUUUCGUCAACUGUUAUGUCCAGACCCCUCCUGUGAGGUAUGUAAUAGCACAACUGCUGAGAUCAAUCGGCUGCUGUUCCUGCAGGCUCUGGAAGAUUCUACUCCCUUGGCUUCCACAGCUGCUGUGACUUCUUCAUCAUUCACUCUCUCCCCUGACUUCUCAGCAGUUCCUCCAGGAGAGCUAAUACCAGCUUCGCUGCCUGAGCCUUCCCCACCACCUGCCUCCUCCUUCUCACCUAACCCAGUGAUCCCCGUGGCUGGUUUCUUUCCACCCUCACCACCGGGUGAUUCUUUGCCACCAAAGCCCUUUCCUCCCUCGGAUCCCAAAUUCCAAAUGGACCAUUUCCCAGCCCAGUCCCCUGCCUGUCCACCUCCUGUCCCACCCCAUCAUGCCCAUUCAGUGGACCGUAGUGUCCAAACAGAGACAGUGUCUCUAAAAAGCAUCUUUUCUCCGGAACCUACCCUUUCCCAAGAUGUCACCCCCUUACUGGAGUUGUCCCAGAGGCGCCCGUAUCCUACCACCUUGGAGGAGGGCCAUUCACAGCAAACCCCCAUCCAGUUCUUCUGGGGUCUCCAAACUCCACAUAGUGAGUCCUUCUUCCCUGCUGCUGAUGCCUCAGAUAACAUCUCGAAUGCCUCCCCAGAGCAGGAAUCCCCAGUAGUUCCCCAUCCACUUCCUCCAUCUUUGCCUGAGAACCCACCUCAACUCCUGCCUCAAACCCAGCCCCUACCUAUCCCUCAGGUCCAGCCCCAGGCCCAGCUUCAAUCCCCACUCCCAAUCUGGGCAUCUGGUCCUCUACCCGACAUCAAGAUCUGUGGAGUGUGUUUUCACAGACCUCAGAAUAAAUCCGAGAGUCUCACAUCAACAGAAAUGCAGCAUGUGGAAUGGGACGUGUUGCAGAAGGUACAGAAACGUGUGUGGGGCUUACCCACUGUAGUCCAAAGAUCCCAGGAGGACUACUGUCCUUCCGCUCCUAACCCUUGUCUCAGCCACAAGGCCACCAAGGCCCAAGUUGUAAUCUCUGUCCCUCCUGGACAGUUUCCUCUGAAUGAAGAGCUUCGGAGAAAACUAGAGAGUCACCUUCGAAAGAGGCUCAUCCAACACCGGUGGGGCCUGCCCCGCAGGAUCUAUGAGUCUCUCGCACUGAUGAGCGGUCCGAGUACUCUUCCACAGCUACCUGAGUCUCAGUGCCAUGGUGGACACUCGGGGAUCUCUAAUAAGAGUCCGAUCAGAUGGAGUAUGUCAAAAAGCGUGUAUGUGGAGGUCCCAGAAAUUCUGUUAGAGGACAGUGACCUGGCAAAGUAUGAAGAUGACCUGAUGAAGGAUCAGGGACACAACCCAGAGAAUGAUAUGGGGUAUGAUUCUGAGAAAGAACUUAGGAGCCCAUCCGUGCAAAACUCCAUGGUGUCUGUGGAGACUAUGGGACAGAGACAACUUGAAAAUGCCCUGAAGACUGUGCAUAAUUCAUGGCAUACUAUGCAGCAGACCUCACUACUUUCUGAGAAAUCCCAGACUGAAAUAAAGCAGGGAAGUUUGCCACCAUCAGAGGUUGAGGACUACUCCCUGAAUACCUUCCAGGAGCUUCCCCUUGUUGAACCUCGUGCAGCACAGAAGCUGGAAGACCAUAUUAAAAGGCUUAAUAAGAGGGUGACUUGGGGCCUGCCCCCUAGGGUCCUUGAAUCCAUACAGCACUUUAAAUCAAGAGAGUCCACACACUCCCUUGAUGGAAGCUUGAAAUCUGUCCAUGGAGACAAAGCAGGAACAGCAAAUUCAGCCCCCAUCCGCGAUCAUCCUCUCCCUGCCACCUCAACUGUGGGCAAGGAAGAACAGAGCAUUCUGAGGCCAUCACCCUGUAAUAUCAACCAUCAGUUGGCAGAGGAUGUGCUGAAAACUAAGAACGGCAGCCAGACUCCUACAUCUGUCAAACGUGACACCUUAGGCAACAGAUGGGCCCCAAGGCUGCCUACAAGGCAAGGUGCAAUCAGACGGGAGGCAAAGGAUAAGAGUGCGAAUACCGGUGCUAGAAGAGGACGGCAACAAGGCAGAAGGGUGAAGAAUCCAGAACCUGUUGUUGUGCCCACAGAGUCCAGGGAGAUAUUCAGGACCAAGGAAUUUCAUACAGGUCAUUCACAACCUCGCAUCUUGACAACCAACAAGCCAGUUAGCUCCCAAAUUAUACUGGAGGACAGGGCGCAUAGCCAGGCCCAAGCCCCGUACACUGGCCUGGCCCCUGCCUCAGAUCAUUUGACUUAUAAGGCCUCACUGACUCAUGCCCAGGGUGUCUCCCCCGGGGACACGAGAGCUUCCCAGGUGCUGCAUGUCCAUCCAGAGGACACAGGAAUUACGAUGGAACAACAGCAGGAGUCCUGGGUCCCUAAGCAGUUCUUAAGGAAGUGCCAGAAUAAGAACCCCCCACCGGCUGCAAAGACCAUGAGGUGUCCGGGAUCCAAGGCACAAGAGCAUGGUGGAGGGGAUGCAGGACUGGGAACAUCCCAACCGAGGAUGAACAGGUUCCCUACUGAAGAUGUGCCAUCGAAGAAGAGUUUCCCUACUCAGGACGCUGUAUGGAAGGUAAAGCUGGGAAGCCAGCCUUCCCAGACCCUAUCACAGAAGGGUCAGCUGCCUCCUGAAAGCCUUUCCCAGAAGGCUCAGCCUCCUUCUAUUUUCAGUAAAAAAAUGAAGGAUUUUUUGCAAUGGCUUACUCCUGGAAUUCAAUGCAAAAGGCAUGAAAACUCCCAGGAGAAGCAUAGUCCCCUAUCUGUGGAAAGCAGAGGCCUACUUAACAGUAGAGCUGCCUUUACUGGGACGCCCGAAGCUCAGAAAAUCAUGACAGCGGUUGGGAAGAUCCAAGAGGAGAGAAUGGGGUGUCGGCGUGCAAUAGGCAGCACCUGCCCUCAGCAGCCCAUUCCCUCCCCAACCAAGCUGGGGAAAACUCAGCACAAAGCACAAGUGCAGGCCCAGGCACAGCCUGUCCCAGGGUACCCUUUCAACUACAGGGUUCCCGCCUGUAAGGAGACAGAUACCAGGUCCUGCCAGCAAGAAGCUGACAGACAGCUCAGAAAAAAGGACAGACAGCCCCAGAAAGUUGUGGCGUUUAAGGACCAGCUACCGCAUCAGAAGUAUCCCCUCUCCAUGCCCCUCAGGGAGCCUGCGCCCAACCCAAAGGCCACCUGUGGGCAUCAGGCUGCCCAGUGGACUCCGGCCACUCUCACGACUCCUGCAGGCACUGUGAACAGAGAUGGGUCUCUACUAUUUCAACAGAAAGCUGUUUACAGAGAACUUCCAGUGAGAGGGUAUUGGGGGGCAUUUCCUACCCCCAAAAUAAUGCCUUGCGAGGAGUAA